UGCAUCACCACUUCUUUUCGAUUAGCUCUCAAACACCUUUUUUCGCACAAAACAAUUUUCGCUCUAAGAGCCCAAUCUGUGAUAAGUUGUGGACCACCCAUUGUCAGAUCAUGACAAUUUCUUCCGGUGAAAACUCAGUGACCAGUUCCUGUUCUCUUGCUAGACUUGCUCCUCUCGAGGCAGUACUUUUCGACGUUGAUGGAACUCUGUGUGAUUCAGACCCCAUUCACCACCUUGCUUUCCGUGAAAUGCUUCAAGAGAUAGGUUUCAAUGGUGGGGUUCCUAUUAGUGAGCAAUUUUUUGUUGAGAACAUUGCUGGGAAGCAUAACGAUGACAUUGCUGCGCUCCUCUUCCCUAAUGAUCUCGAACAGGGUCUAAAAUUCUGCGUUGAUAAGGAAGAUAUGUUCCGGAGAUUGGCAAAGGAAGAAUUGAAGCCCAUACAAGGCCUUUACAAACUGAAGAAAUGGGUUGAAGAUCAUGGUUUGAAACGGGCUGCAGUGACUAAUGCUCCUAAAGAAAAUGCUGAACUUAUGAUCUCAACUCUCGGAUUUUCCGAUUUCUUUGAAGCUGUUAUUCUAGGGGACGAUUGUGAGCAUGCAAAACCAUUCCCAGAUCCCUACUUGAAGGCUCUAGACAUACUCAAGGUGUCAAAGGAUCACACUGUUGUGUUUGAGGACUCUGUUUCUGGAAUUAAAGCUGGGGUCGCGGCUGGGAUGCCUGUUGUUGGAUUGAUCACGAGGAACCCUGAACAUUUGCUGAUGGAAGCAAAGCCCACGUUUCUUAUCAAGAACUACGAGGACCCGAAAUUGUGGGCAGCCUUGGAAGAGCUUCAUAGGCUGGCAGCACCAGCUUCAACUUAAAACAUUCAUUGUAGAUAUAAGCCGAGUAGAAUGUAGGGCACACAAUCCGAGAUCUACUUCGGAGAAUAAUGUUGUCAGGGAGCUCUUGCAUCCUUCUAAAUACUGAAUAAGUACUUGUGAAUUCUUGUCAUUGUUUGGUGGAUGAUGGCAUAAAAUUGAGUUUUGGCAUGAUCACCAAUUGCAACUCUGGAUGUAAUGUCUGGGAAAGAAUCAUACCCUAAUAAAAUGACAUUGCAGGCUUA